AUGCCGCUUUCUACCGAGCUCACGCGCCGACUAGGCAUUCGGAUCCCCGUCGUCCAAGGCGGCAUGAUGCACGUCGGUACGGCCGACCUGGCGUCGUCCGUGUCCAACGCCGGCGGUCUAGGCCUGAUAACGGCGCUCAUAUUCCCGACACCGGCGGCGCUGCGCGACGAGAUCCGGCGAUGCCGAACGCUGACCGAGAAACCGUUCGGCGUGAACCUGACGCUCCUCCCGGCCAUGGUGCCUCCGGACUACGGCGCGUACGCGCAGACGGUCAUUGACGAGGGCGUCCGGAUCGUCGAGACGGCCGGCAACUCCCCCGGCCCCGUCAUCAGGCAGCUCAAGGCGGCGGGGGUGACGGUCCUGCACAAGUGCACGACGAUCCGGCACGCCCAGAGCGCCGUAGCCCUGGGCGUCGACUUCCUCAGCAUAGACGGCUUCGAGUGCGCCGGCCACGUGGGCGAGAGCGACCUGCCCAACUUCAUCCUGCUCAGCCGCGCGCGCCAGGUCCUGGGCGGCGAGGGGGUGCCCUUCAUCGCCAGCGGCGGCUUCGCCGACGGCUGGGGCCUCGCCGCCGCCCUCUGCCUCGGCGCCUGCGGCGUCAACAUGGGCACCCGCUUCAUGUGCACCGUCGAGGCGCCCGUCCACGUCGACGUGAAGAGGCAGAUCGUCGCCUCCUCCGAGUCCGACACCACCCUGCUCCUGCGCAGGUGGCGCAACACCACCCGCCUCUUCAAAAACAAGGUCGCCGAGGAGGCCGCCAGGAUCGAGAGCGAGAGCACCACCGGCAAGUUCGAAGAGGUGGCUGCCCUCGUUAGCGGCAAGAGGGGUAGGGAGGUCUUUGUCACCGGUGAUGUCGAGCACGGGGUCUGGACAACUGGCCCUGUCAUGGGUUUAAUCCACGACAUACCCACAUGCGAGGUUCUCGUCAAACGGAUCGAGAAGGAAGCAGAGGCCGCCCUCAAGGACAGCAAUACCCUCAUCGUUCCAGAGUCCAAGCUGUAG